AAAAGAUUCCGAUACUACCUUAGUACUGCUCAAAUACGUCUACUGAAUCUGUGCUAUAAUAUAUCUGCCUUGGAUCCCGACGAUUAUGUUAGGUGCUGUAUAUCUAAUAUAGAAUAUAAUUUACCGGCUUUAAUUAGGUAUUCUAAGUACUAG